CCCCCCGACUACAAACCAACUACAAUUUUCUUAACUAUGUUCUUGUGAUCACAACUUUUUACUGAAGUAACAUGGCUCAGGACGUAGGGCCAAGAGAACAAGGCGUCUGUUGUGUUCACCACUGCUGAAACAAGUAACAUGGUUGUGGCUCAUACUGUUCACGGUCAAGAGCAUCGAAUGACCAUUUACUAUCGCGGCCUGUUCCGGAACAGCACCAAAAAGAGAGAGGAGACGUUCUCUCAGUUCCGCGAAAGAGUGGACAUGUACUGCCGGCGGUGGUACGACGCCGAGGGCGUCCUGGGCGACUUUGAACGGCUGCACGACCUGGUCAUGCGGGAGCAGCUGCACGCCAGUAGCCCGACUCACGUCAAAGACUGCCUGAAGAGGUACGCGUUCAAAUCUUGUGAUGAACUCGUUCAGAUUGCGGAUACUUUUCUGAAAAACGAGACUCUCAAUGGUGCUCACUUAAAGAUGCCAGUCCAACCAAUCACAAUGAUGGCCUCUUCGCUCAGGAGAUUGCCUACACCAGCAGAAGUGGACAGAAUUACAGCAGUUGGUGAGGCUCUGCAGAUCAUGCGAGACUUUUCAAUACCUCUGCCCACUGACAGAAACUUCAGUCUUGAGAGAGCCAAAUUAAUAAUCAAAUCUUUCAUCUCCAACAGACCUUCAAAUAUACCUGGGCAGCCUAAUAUUGACACAGUGUCAUCAGCUAUAAAGGAAGACGCUAGCACCAGAAAGCAUUUGCGAGAUCUGUACAUGGCCGCAGAGGAAUACUUCAGUAAACUACCCAAACCUUUUCAGGAUGUUCUGGAACAAGUGUUCAAUAGUUACGACAGACACAUCAGGCAAAACGUUGAGGACUUGAAAACCAGCCACUGUGUUCUCCUUGUAGCAGGUGAAGUUGGUUCUGGCAAAUCCAGUCUUGUCAACUUGCUACUUGGGAAGCACAUUUUGCCUACAAGUGAACUCCGGUGCACUGCUGCCAUUGUAGAAAUCCAGUAUGGACCGUCUCCACAAGCCAUAGUCCAUCCUCGAGACGAUAGCUCUGGAAGAUCUAAAAAUCCCAUAGUUUUAAGUGCUGAGUCUGCUGAAAAGGCUGAAAAGUUUUUACGUGACCUGGAACACUACGUCACUCAAAGAGACGAUGAGACGGAUGAAAGUCCCUAUGAAAAAAUUGUUUUGUCUUAUCCAAUUGAAAUGUUGAAAGGUGGUGUUGUGAUUGUGGACAGUCCUGGUGUUGGUGACUCAAGGGGACUCCCAUUGAUGUUAGCCAAUUACAUGGAAAAAGCUUUCGGAUUUCUGUAUGUCUUAGACAGUACCACUGCAAUACAGAAACAAAGGUUGGGUCAGCUGCUAUUGAAAGCUGUUGAGAUCAAUGAUGGCUUUGAUCACAACACAGCCCUGUUUAUCUGUAACAGAUGGGACCAAAUCGCCCCUGAGGACUACGACAGGGUGAAAGAUUCGCUGGCAGACAGACUGAGUAUCAUUCUGCCAGGAGUCACAAAAGCUCAGCUCUACCCAAUAUCUGUGAAACUGUCCAUAUUAGAUGUUGAAUAUGGACAAGUUAGGGCAGAACAUCACAUGCUCAUUAAAGGCAUAAGGAGAUUUUUACCUCAGACAAUGAAAGGAAAGCUAAGGAUCUACUAUAGAUACUUGUCUUCAGUAUUGAAGAGAUCCCUGCAUUCACUUAGAAUAAGUUAUAAUCAACACAAAGAGAGGAUUGAGAAAAUAAGAGAAAAUUAUAUGGGUGUGGAGAACCGCUUCAAUAGAUUACAAAGGAACGCUAAAGAAAAUUUAGACAAAAUGCGCCAGGAUGUCAAAAGAUCAAGCAUUGAAGCCAGCAUGAAGGUUAUAGCUUACCUGGACAGCAUGCAUAAGAGGGUGAAGUUAAAAAAAUGGAGUGAUAUUAGUUUGUCCAGGAAAGAAAAGUGGCAGAAUAUUGCCAAGUCAGCAAGUUUUGCUAUUGCUGAAAGAGUGGCCAAUGAAAUUAAUCAGUGGGAGAAGGAAAAUCAAAUUGUCAAAGGAAUUCUGGAUGAAAUCCUGGCCAAGUUUCAACAACAAUUUGAGUUGUUUGAUGACCAACUCAGUGAAAUUCAAGGUGUUUUGCUAAGUGGAGAUGAGCUUCGGAAUUUCGUUUCUGAUGCCCGUAGAGAUUUAGGAGCCAAAAAACAAAUUAAAAUUCAAAACACUGCUUUAAAUUCAAAAGACAAAGGGGAUGCCUAUGACAGCAUUGGGGCAGCACUGACGGCUUCAUUUUCACUAGACCCCAAAGAUUCCUCUAUAAAGAAGUUGUUUAAAGAGAACUAUGACAAAAAUCCAAGUAAAGUGAUGGAAGAGGCAACAGAAAUGUACCUUGGAAUGAUGACAGACAUGGCAAUAGCUUCUGCUAUGAGUAAAUUCUUUGAGCGAUUUAUCAAAGGUAUUGACAGAGUGGCUAGCUUUGUACCACAACUAAUGAAAGCUGACCAGGAGCUGCUGAAUACAUUAAACAAAGAACUGGAAAAUAGCAGAAUCAAACUUGAAGCCUUCCCUACUUUCUCUAGGAAAUGUAGGGACAUUCAAGGUCGUCUGGAUUUGUUCUUUGUUCAGAGGCUAAUGGUGACAGACUACACAUAUGAUAAAUUAUCGCCAGCGGAAAGGUUGGGCCAUGGAAGUUUUGCAACAGUUUUCAAAGCCACUCUGAAAUGCCCUGAAGGAGAUCAAUUAGUUGCAGUGAAGGAACCAUUAGACAGACUUAAGAUUGAAGAUGUUACAGACACGCUCUUAGAAGAUGCCAUGCUUCGGGAAGUUGAACAUGAAAAUAUUGUGAAAUACUAUGGUGUGUGUCGCAAAGGCCCAGAAGCAGACAUGAGACUUUUAUUUAUCAUGGAGUAUUGCCCCUUUACUUUAAAGGCCAAAUGUAUAGACAAUGACAAUUCUCCAAGUGCACUGGGCAAUAAUUUGUCAAGACAGAAGGACUCCAUCAGCGUUAUGACCAACUUUCUGCUACAAACUUGCAAUGGGCUGGCCUACCUACACCAUAAGUCAAUAGUCCACAGAGAUUUGAAGCCAGAGAACAUACUGCUUACUGCUGAGGGCAUUGUGAAAAUAGCAGACUUUGGUUUGGCCAAAAAAGUCAAGGACAUUCUCACAGUGUGUAUUGGUACACCAGUCUACAUGGGACCUGAAAUCUUACUACUUACAGACAAGUAUGACACCAAGGCUGACAUUUACAGCCUGGCCAUGAUUAUGUGGGAGCUGUGGUAUGGGAAAGAUCUAGCAAAGUAUGCAUCUACAGAAAUGCAAGGUGGCCUGAAGGUUGCUAUUGAAUCUCUCUGGCGUCCUAGUCUAACAAUGGUAUAUGCCCCAACACAGUUCUGGAAAGAUUUAAUACAGCAAGCCUGGGAUCAGGACCCUCGAAAACGCCCAACUUCAAAUCAGAUUGGGAAAAUGUUGUUGCAAUAUUACGAAGAGUUAAUUCAGUAGUUGCUUUACUAUUCCAAAAUAUACAAUAGUUUUGAUCCAUGUCAGAUAUGCUUAGAUAGUCCGUAUUUUUUUAAAAUGGGUUUUAAAAAUCAUUUUUUGUGGGGAAAUUUACAAAUUUGUUCUGUGCUUGUGACACCCUUAAAAAUUGUACACACCCUGCCAUUAAUAUUUUACAACUGGUAUUGAUUUGAAUGUAAUUUACAUGAAUUUAUGUCUAUGUCAUGGUUUUGACAUUAUUCAGAUUCUUUUAUAAGUAUGGCUUAUUUUUAUGUACUAAAAAUGUUCACCUGAAAUUCUGAUUAAAUUUCAUGACUGUUAUGAACCACAAUCUGAAACAUUGAGUAAUUGAUUAUUAUGAAUUCAAUCAAUCUCAAUCAAACUUUCUUUUAUUAUUUUUGUGUAAUAAGGAAAAUAUGUUAAUUAUCAAAGUAUUUCUUAGUUUUAUAACAAAGAAGCUGUUUGGCAUAAACUUGCAGAGUAGCCAUUGCAUACAAUUCUUUUCAAUUUAGCUUCAGAUUCAUCCUCUGAUUCAGAUUAAGCUUGAGAUUGAAGAUAUAGUUUUAUUUGAAAAAAAAAAAAUGUUUUUGCUUUAUUUAUUGUUGUGGUCAGUUGUUGACUUGUAGCACCAGAUUGCUAAUAGACAACUAUAUAUAUCAAUGUAAAACUCGAAAUAGCUUCAAUAAACUUCUUUCGUGAACAAAACUAUUACAAUAUAGACUAAUUCAACUUGAGAUGAAAUGAUAUAAACGGAUAUUUAAACAAAUCUAAAUAACUCUGGCAUCCUGGAGUCACUCAAGUUCUUAACAUUGAUUAUGACAGAGCCACUUGUAUUAUUCAACAAGACUAACAAUUAAUGCUCUAUUUCUUCAUAACCCUAGGAAACAAAAACUUUGCAUAACCUUUGCAGAAUGCAUGGUCGAGAGUCUAAGUAUGCUUGAACUUGGCUCGGCUACCUAUGAAGGAGGCUCGAGGUUCCACACCCGACUCGAGCAGAGUUGUGUUUACUGAGUGUCAAAAGGCAGCACGGAAAACCUUCUCCCAAAUACCCCCUCCCACCACUGGUCCACAAAUGAGAUUUGACCAUAGCUCUCUGAGCAUAAGCAUGAAAGUAGCGCUUUAUAAAAGCUAUAAUUAUUUAUGACAAGAAUAAUUCCUUUUGUUUUAUCUUCAUGAGUACAACAUUCAACAUUAACAUUGACUCUUAUAACAUUUUUCUCAGUUGACAUCAGUUAGUUCAGUUUCAAUAACAUUCUUUUUUUUUAUUUGGUUGUCUCCCUGGUUGAGACAUUUACUUCUAGUAUUUCACUCAUUUUAUAUUCAAAAUAUAUCCAUGCAAUACAUGUCUAACAUUUAAAAAACAAAGCUUUGUUUAUAUUGCACUCAAAAGCAUGAUUAUCUACUAACAAUGUUCAUAUGCAAACUAUGCUAUCACCAAAUCUCUUUCCAUCAGCUAUGGAGCACCAUUUCAUCCUGCAUUAUAGCCUCUACCUGUCUGGAACAGUAAGCCUACCUUCUUUAACUUUUUCUCUAUUUACCAUUUAGCUUCUCAGUAAUUCCAAUGAUGUGUCUAGAGUCUUUUUUCUUCUUUGUUAUGUCCCUAUAGCAGUCUAAGUCAAUGCAAUUGACUUCAUUUAUCAGUCAUUAUUAAGUUUAGCAAUCAUUUUUUUUUUUUAGACAAUGUAUAUUGAAUUCUUGACUCUCCAUUCUCAGUGCAGUCUAUGUUAUGACAAGUUAAUAUAGAGGAAUAGGCUAACAUACUAGCAAGCUUCCAUCUAGUUCGUACAUGGAGACACUAGUGUUUUAUACAGUUUUUCUAUGGUAACAAUGCACAAGAUACAGGAACAUUUAUCUUUGAAUACAAACCAUUUAUCUCUUCUAUGUGCUGACAGUUAUGAAAACUAUCGAUAUGUGAAAUCAAACAAUGCCUCCUAAACAUUAAAGAAGUCAUAACAUUUUGCUAGUCUCUUGUUCUUGACAUUAUUUAUCUACUUGAAAUUUACAAAAAGAUAGACAAGGGCUGUUUUUUUUUUAUUUAAAUACAAACAUUAAUUGUUAGACUGUUUUUAUAAAAUAGAAUUACAACAUAAUGUAGAGGAAAAAAUUAUUCAUAGGAUAUCAGUUAGCCUUUCCUAUUAGCAAAUUUGAAUAUCUCACUAACGAACAAUUUGAGUGAUUGCAUUGUCAAUCUUUUGUUUUAUUGAAAUAA